CGACGUCAGACGCUAGGCACGCCGCUACCCGAUCUCAUAAGCGCAAUUCAUCCCGAAGAAAUCUGACAGUAGAAAUUCCUCCUUUCUACAUCUACAUCUUCUCAAUUGACGUAUUCGUCUCUGUACACGAUGCUGUCCAACAACGUCCUCUUCCUUCUCGUCGCCUCCGCCGCCCGCGCCUGCGCUGUUCCUCACAAGCCUACAGGCGUCGCAGGUUGUGGCAAGGCACUCCCUGCUGGCCAAAAGGCCGGCGGCGUGUAUAAUGUGACGAUUCCCAGCGACGGCGACGACUCGCGAUACGUGCUCAUUUCCAUCCCGCCCAAGUACACCACCACUGCGCAGACAUCGGCGAUUCUUUCGUUCCAUGGCGGCCGCCGUAACGCGCAGAGUCAAUUGGACUUGGACCUGUUGACAUCGCAGAACUUUAACACAGACAAGUUUGUUAUUUACCCUCAGGGCGUUGACGACGUAUGGCAAGGCGUGCCCGAUGUCGAAGUCAAUGAUGUCCAAUUCACCACCGAUAUCCUUAACCACCUCGAGGCCAAAUACUGCAUCGACACCAGCCGCAUCUUUGCGACAGGCAAGUCUGACGGCGGCGGCUUCUGCAACGUGCUCGCCUGCGACGCAGACCUGUCGAAGCGCAUUGCUGCCUUUGCUCCCGUCUCAGGCGCCUUUUACAUUGAUACUUCGCCUUGCCGUGCAUCAACCGUCAAGAUCCCCUGCAACGCUGGCCGUACCAAUAUCCCCUUCCUCGAGUUCCACGGCGGCAACGAUACCACUAUUGCCUACAAGGGCGGGGCUCGCAAGGGCGAAUGUCUGCCCACGAUCCCUCACUUUAUUCAAGAAUGGGCGGUCCGUGAUGGCCUUGGUUCAAAGAACACGUCCUCGUCGGUUGCUGCCGACACCACCUUAUACAAGUUUGGCAGCGACGGGCUCGUUAGACACAUCUAUAACUCGGUCAUUGGGCACGACUGGCCCAGCACGCAGCCCAACGAGGAUAACAAGCGUGACGGUCACCAUGUUGCCAGCUUCAAUGCGACGCCCAUUAUCCUCGACUUUUUCAACAGCCACUCGCUUGCUUAGAUUCCUACUUAGAGUCACUCGCUUGUCUGCUUGAGCGAUGUCAUUCAAUCACCUCACGAGAUAGGGAGUUUUUUCUUGUAUAAAUAGAAAAUUAGAUUCAUAGAAUUUUGAUGUCCCCAUAGAUACACAAUAUAUAUACAAGUAGAAAUACAAAAAAAGAGAAUGAUGCAUAAUGCGUUACAAGCGGUCACCCGCUGCUUCUUGUUCAUCAAGGCAAUGCCUCGUCCCAUGGUCCCCAAGUCGUGUUGCCCCAGCCUCCUAUACAUUUUACUUGUGCUGGCGGCGUAAGCUGCCACUCAAUCUUAUCGUCCGCAGGGUCUUGUUGGGACACGAUAUCCGAUACGAAGCCCUUCCAUUUAUUAAUCCUCCUGCCCGCCUCAAUGGUGUAUUCAUAAUUGACGGACGGGACGACGGCAAUCUUGCCGAAUCCCUUGUACCACAUUUCUUUACAAAAGAUCUGCGGCUCGCCUUGAUAACAUUCACCCUGCUUCGCUGCUCUAAAGCGUAGGCCCUCGAGCGUGGACUGGGCUCCAAAGACGGCGCCGCCGUUCCAGCACGAGAAUACUUGGAAGGGCCGGAACGCCUUAUAUCGGCUCAUGACGUAGUCGUCAUUCCAGAAGAGGUCUGUAAUCUCUUCCCAUCUGCCAUCGGGCACAUCAAUAAAGUCGUCGCCCUUAAUUGUGCGAGCUAUCCAGAUAUCGUAGAAUCGUGGCGGAUCCAGGUUCCAGUCCAUGCCGCAAACCAAGUCGGCGCCGAGGUUGCGUCGUUGGAGGACGAGCUCGAGGAUGCUAUCGCUGCAUGCGGCAACAUCGUUUAAAAAUACAAUCGUGGUAUCUUUCGAGGCAUCAGCGCUAUUUACAAUGAGCGGCUUCAGCGCUAGGUUUCGCAAGUCGGCCAGCGCCUGGAUUCGCUCUGUCUUUUUCGGGUCAAUCGUAGAGCUGUCGAGGUAAUAGCGAAUGCCCAGGCUCUCGAGGUGCGGUCGGAUAGCAUUGAGGACAUCAGCUGUACCAUCAGGAGAGUUUCCCUCGAGAAUAGAAAGGACGCAGUACUCUGGCCCGAGAAAUCGUAUAGCAUCGACAAUGCUGCCAAUCAGGCGGGGCAGCAGCCCGAGGUUCUCUCGCAGGUUGAGGGCGAAAAAGUAUCGUAUUUUCGGAUUUGUCGGCCCCGGUGAUUUUGUAAGGUCUGCGUAUCGUGUCUCGUUUACCAGGGGACAUUGGAAAGUAUCGAUUUUUGCUUCCCGGUGGAGGAAGAUGGCGUCAGUGUAGCUAGAAAUGUUGUCUGCCUUUAAGAUGUCGCCUGUGCAUCAACCAUUAGCCAAAUAUUGUAAAAUAAAAAUGAAUUCCCAUAACAAAACAUACCAUCGCGCACGGGGAUCGCAGCAAGAUGAUUCAGCGACUUGGAGAGCCGCUCUGCUACAAUCUUCUCUGCGCUCAGCGUCUUGGUCGUUGACGUAACGGAUGGUACCCGCUGGAUAUGGUCGGUUCCGAGGCGUAGCUGAAUAACAAGAAAGCAGAGCCCUGCAAGCAAAACAAUAGCAAAUAAGAUAUUCUUCUUCAGUGAGAAGAAGGAUUGCGCGAGCGACACCAUGAUUGGCGAUGAUGGCGAUUGGGUGCCCGGUCGCAAAGUGAAAAUGGCGCGGGGA